AUGUUGAUAACAAGCAAAGACUCCGUCGCACCGAAUCUCUCCAAGAGAAUUAUAUACUACUCCAAUAACCGUGGCUGGACUAAUCACAGAUGGCUUCUAUGGUUAUUGUUAGCUGUUCCUCUUGUUAUUCUUCUCUUGUUUUAUUUGCUUAGAUCGAGAAGGAGAAAAACCGUAGUUGGAACUACUCAAGAACCUUUCUACACUCAGGAGCAACCGCCAGUAUCUGGUGGAUACUACUACGGGGACCAGGGACAGGGUAACUACCCAGGUCAGGGAAACUACCAAGGACAAGAGAACUACCAAGGACAGGGAAGCUCUUAUGUGCCUCCACCAAUGCCAGCUAAGCACAACGCUGAAACAGACUACAAUGUCAGCGGUGAUAGCUUCGGUGGAUAUGGCGGUAGCGGUAGCUACGGUGGCUAUGGUGGCUACUCUCAAGACCCCAAUGCUCCUCCAGACCCCAAUGCUCCUCCAGACUACUCCAGACCAGAAGGUCCACCACCUACUCACAAUAAAUUUUAA